AUGGUUAUUGAGGCUUGCAGGCAAGCAAAUGCUGUUGGAUUUAUCAAUAAAUUCCCCAAGAAAUAUGAUACAGAGGUGGGGACUCAUGGUGUUAAGCUCUCAGGAGGUCAGAAGCAACGAAUUGCAAUAGCACGCAGUAUAAUAGCAGAUCCAAAAAUUCUUAUUUUGGAUGAAGCUACCAGUGCUAAUGCUCUCGAGAAGAUUUCUAAAGGACGGACAACAAUUCUGAUUGCGCAUCGACUAUCCACUAUUGGAAAUGCUGAUAAUAUUAUUGUUCUGGACUCGGGUAAUGUUGUGGAAUUUGGAACACGUCAGGAACUUUUGUCCCAUCCUGAAGGUACCUACAAGAAGUUGAUUGAGGCUCAAUCAUUGCUGUUGGAUAAAGACUCAAAUUUGAGCAAUGAUGCUAUUGUAGCAGGUAAGAAAAUCUAUUUCAUACUGAGAACUUUGAUUAACUUGAUAAUAGGUACUUGUGUCCCAGUAGGAUCAAUAUUCUUUGCUCUUAUUAUGAGUACAUUUACCUAUAUUGGAGAUCUGAAUGCCUUUGUUCAACAAGGAUAUUACUGGAGUACUGCAUACAUGAUUCUGGCUGUUAUAGUUGGAGUCUGUCGAUGGUUAAUGACUUGGAUGUUUCACAUUAUCUCUGCUAAAGCUGGUAACCGCUAUCGUCAAGAAUACUUUAAUAAUAUUGUCCGGCAACGAAUUUCCUUCUUUGAUAAGAAAGGCAACACUCCAGGUUCACUUACCUCUCAGACCAGCCAUGAUCCAGUUGUCAUUCAGGAUCUUUUGGGGGUGACUAUUGGACUUUCCAUCAUGUCUGUUAUUACCCUACUUGGUAGCUGCAUAUUGUCUUUAAUCUUUGGUUGGAAAUUGGCAAUAGUUUGCAUCUGCAGUGUGGUACCUCUCCUUAUUAUUUCUGGUUACCUCAGGGUUAAGAUCGAGAUGGGGUUUGUGAAGGAUAAUAUGAUGAUCUUUGGUGAUAGUGCAGCCUUUGCUACUGAGGCAGUGGGAGCAUACAGGACUGUGUCAUCACUGGUAAUGGAGGAGGAUAUCAGAUGUCGGUAUGCUGAUCUGUUAAGCAGCCAUGUUAAACAGAUCUUGAAGAGAACUUUAUACUCCUCACUUCUAUUCUCUACCUCAGAGUCACUUACCAUCCUAGCUACAGCUUUAUGCUUUUGGUAUGGUGGUAUAUUGAUGGCACAGGGAGAGUAUAAGAUGUUUCAAUUUUUUAUUGUCUACAUGACUGUUAUUCAGGGAAGUGAGGCAGCAGGAAACUUCUUUGGUCUAACUCCAAAUGUUGCUACUGCUAUAAGAUGCAUCAGACGCAUGAUUAAAUUACGAGACAAUCAUCCAAAUUCUGGCAAUAAGAUGGAUGAGGAUUCAGCAAGUGGUUAUGAAAUCCAAUUUGAGGAUAUCUCCUUUAAAUAUCCUGAACGUGGAGAGCUAUUAUAUGAGGGUUUGAACUUGAGGAUUGAGAAGGGACAAUAUGCUGCUAUUGUUGGUACAUCAGGAUGUGGAAAGUCAACACUAAUUGGCAUCUUGGAAAGAUUCUAUGAUGUUGAUACUGGUAAAGUUCUUAUCAAUGGCAAAGAUAUCAAAAGUUUUGAUAUUGAACGCUAUCGCAACUCCAUCUCACUGGUUGCUCAAGAGCCAAUCCUUUAUCAAGUAGGGACUCUAUUAUAUAAUAUCAAACUAGGUACCUCUGAUGACAAGGAUGACUCAGCUAGGCCUAUAUUCAUAAUUUCAUAUCUUCCUUGCCUGAAGGUUAUAAUACAAUAUGGUAUAGGUCUUUCAGGUGGUCAAAAGCAACGUAUUGCAAUUGCUCGAGCUCUAAUUCGCAACCCAAAACUCCUCCUCUUAGAUGAGGCAACAGCAAGUCUUGAUACUGAAUCAGAAAAAAUGGUACAAAAGGCUUUUGAAAAUGCUGCUGAAGGGAGAACCAUGGUUGUUGUAGCACAUAGACUAUCAACAAUCCAAAAAGCAGAUGUGAUUUUCGUCCUUGAUGAGGGCAAGAUUGUUGAACAAGGAGAUCAUGCCAGUUUAGUGGCAAAAAGAGGUAUUUAUUGGCAAAUGGUAAGUAUUUCUACUCCUAGAAGAUUAACUUACCUUUGUGGUACAAUACCUGAAUACUGA